GAAAACAAAAUAUGGUCCUCCUAGCUGUUCAUGAACACUAUAUAUACCCUACCCCAUUUAUAAUCUUCUUACUUUAAAGCUAAGCAUAUAACAAUUGUAAAUGUAUAUACUGUAGCUUCUUUCUUGUUUGGGAAAAAAUGGGAAAAAAUUUAUUUCCUUUCUUUCUAAUGGUUCUAGUACAAUUAGGUUCUGCUGGAACAGCUAUUAUAUCAAAAAUUGUAAUGGAUGAUGGGAUGAAUCCAUAUGUGCAUUUGUCUUAUCGACAAAUUAUUGCAACUAUUUCUAUUGCACCCUUUGCUUACUUCUUCGAGAGGGAAACAAGACCUAAAUUGACACCGUCUACCCUAUUCCUCAUAUUCUUGUGUUCUAUUUUCGGGGUAACUGGAAUGCAAACAACAUAUCUUAUUGGAUUAAAGAAUUCCACAGCAACAAUUACAACUGCCCUUGCUAACUUAGUCCCUGCAAUUACAUUCCUUCUUGCUGUCCUUUCUGGGCUUGAAAAAGUAGUAUUGAGAAGUAAAGGAGGGCAAGCCAAAGUGAUGGGGACAAUGUUAUGCAUUUGUGGAGCUAUGUUGCUAUCUUUAUAUCAUGGAAAAAUGUUGAUUGGACAAUUGAAGAUACAUUGGAAAUAUUCACAACAUCAUACAACUAAAAAUAUUAUUCAUGACCCUAAUAAUAACACCCAUGGAAACUUCUUCUUGGGGCCCUUUCUAGUCAUUAUCAGUUGUAUCGUUUACUCUUUAUGGCUAAUCAUACAACCUAGAGUGAAUGAGAGGUAUGCUGCUCCAUAUUCUAGCACAACUUUGAUGUGCUUCAUGGCAAGUUUGGAGUGUACAAUUAUUGCCCUUUGUGUUAAUAAUCAUGACAAAAAUGCAUGGUCUUUGAACCCCAUCAGAGCUAUUUCUGUCCUUUAUAACGGAAUUAUAAGCUCAGCGCUAGCCUUCUAUUUGAUUACAUGGUGCAUAAAAAGGAAAGGACCUCUAUAUGUCUCUGUAUUCCUCCCAUUGCUAUUAGUCAUUUCUGCCUUCCUCAGUUGGGCACUACUUGGCGAGAAAUUAUACGUUGGCACAAUUGUGGGAUCAAUGUUGACUGUUAUUGGACUGUAUGGUUUUCUAUGGGGGAAGAAAAAGGAAAUGGAGCGUAUUAAAAAGGAGACAGAAGAAAAGGUAUUUAAUACUAAGAAGAACCAAUUGACAAAGAUUGAUUUGGAUUUGCAAUUAUCAGAAAAUUCAAAACAUAGCUUCACAAAUGCUCAAAGCAAAAUAUGAUUAUUUAAUUUACUGUUUAUGGAUCGAUCAGAUUAAAAACAUUUGAUCAUCAUCUUAUCAAAUUCAUUAUCUUUU